AGUGGAAGCAGGUUACAACAACGAACUUGAAAAACCUUUUUCCGUCACACUCUGGUCCAACAUUGGCCCUACAACCUGAUCGCAGACGACAAACAAGUUGAAGGUGGAGGUUUUACAGAAACUUGCGAGAUAUAUCAUGCGACAAAGCUGCUGGCUGGUGUUGCUGCGUCCACCCAUGUUUGCACACCCACUGUGAUUGAGUCUUCAGUUGUUUAAGUUUGUAUCUGUGACAAAAAGACACAAAGCGUACAUUAGAGUCAGGUGCCCCUAUUGAACCUCCCUGGUCCUGGAACAUUGAAAACUAUGGAGGCCCAGAGGAGCCACGUAAUCAUCUUGUUGGCUGUAUGUUUGAUCCUGCUGGGAUUAUUAAGUAGUGUUGUAUCAGCUGAAUGGCAAGGAGAUCUGUCAUCUUAUCACAUUGCUUCAUUCAGUAAUCCUCAUCCUCCUAGACCUCUCAAUGAUCCAUCUGGUAACCACAAUGCUAAAUUCAAUCAUUUCACUCUAUCUGGCCCUGAUGGAGCUGUGUAUGUUGGAGCUGUCAACUACUUAUACAGACUGGAUAGUUCAUUGAAUCUGCUACAGAAUGUUAGUACAUGUCAAGAACUAGGAGAGGAUAGAUGUGAUAUAUUCACCAACUACAAUAAAAUCCUGAUAUUAGAUAAUCAGAAUCGGUUGAUAACAUGUGGAAGUGAGAAUGAAGGAAAGUGUCAGUUCAGAAAUCCAGAUGAUUUGACUGAUGAGUUGUUUCGGCCAAUUUACGGGACAGGCAUAAAAAACCACAAUGUUGCUGGUUUUGGAGAGUUGUCUACUGUGAGUUUGAUUGCACCAGGAACUGAUGGACCAAUGGGACAAGGGCCAGAUGGAGGAGACUGGUUGUAUGUGGCAGUGACUUUGUUUAAAGAUGAUUAUAGAAAUAUCCCACCAAUUAGCAGACGAACCCUUAGUCCAAAGAGGUUGUUGGUACCCCCAUCGUCAUCUACUGCAUUUGAUGUUUCAUAUAAACGCAAUCCAUUCCCAAUAAUGUAUAAAUCACCCUACAAUGCCAAGGAUCAGAUGGUAGUGUGUACAGUUUGGUACAAGCUGCUCAUAUUGGCCCAGCAGGUCAGGAUCUUGCUGUAUCAUUAG